AUGUUUUGGAGGUUUGGCGGUUACGCCAACAUCUCCACUAUCGAUACAAUCCUCGAUAAGCCCGACUUUACCCUCGAGGAGUUGCUCGACGAGAGCGAUCUGAUCCAGGAACUCAAGCAGCACAACUCAAAACUCAUCGAAUACCUUCGCAGCGACAAUGUCCUUGAUAGCCUCCUCGAAUAUGUAGUCGCUCCCAAGCUCGAGACUGUCGAGUCACCCGACGAGUCCACCGAUCAAGAGGCAAAGGCCAAGAACAGCCUGCUCUCCUUCUCGCGACCGCGCGCAUCCUCCCGCGCCACCGACCUGGGAAAUGACGAUGACGAAGAGCAGGAGAAAAAGCGCAAUCGCUACGCUUUUGUGGCCUGUGAAAUUCUCAGUUCUGAUACCUGGUCAAUCUACGAGGCUUUGGCCGAGAACAGACAAUUAAUUCGCGAUUUUUGGAAGUUCUUGUCCCGCCCUGCCCCGCUCGAUCCCCUCCAGGCGAGCUACUUCACAAAGGUCAACGAGUCUUUGUUCGAGAAGAAGACCGAGGAUAUGAUGGAAUUGUUGAUAACUCUUCCGGAUGCUGUCCCUAACCUACUUAAGCAUGUUGAGUGCCCUAUGGUCAUGGACCUAUUGCUCAAAAUCAUUGCCCUGGACCGUAACGAAGGUGGCCAGGGUGUGGUCGAGUGGUUGUUUUCUAAAGAUAUCAUCCCAAGCCUCCUUUCCUGUCUCAGCCCCGAAAACAACUGGGUCGUCCAGACCGCCGCUGGUGACUUCAUCAAAGCCAUUAUCACCAUUUCGGCCAAUGCCUCGCAGAACGAGCAGCAGUGUAUCGGUCCUAACGAGCUUACUCGUCAACUCGUCUCCAAGCCAUGCGUUGAGCAACUCAUUGGUUACAUGCUUGGCGGUGGCAACCCUUUGACUGUCGGAGUUGGCAUCAUUAUUGAGGUGAUUCGAAAGAACAACUCUGAUUAUGAUCCCGACAUGGGCACUGAGGCGACUGCUGCACCCUCAAGCCGCGAUCCCAUCUACCUGGGCACCCUUCUUAGGUUGUUUGCCGAGAACGUUCCCAAUUUCAUGAGCUUGAUCAUGGAUGUCCCUUCAAAGAAGGAGAAGAUGGACUCGACCUUUGGUGUCAAACUCGAACCCCUCGGCUUCGACCGCUUUAAGACAUGCGAGCUGAUGGCCGAGUUACUGCACUGCAGUAACAUGGGCUUGUUGAAUGAGCCAGGUUCUGAGGAACUCACUGCUCAGCGAGAUAUCGAACGACAGCGUCUGCGUACUGAGGGUAAGCUGGGUCCGGUUAAGGAGGAGGACCACUCUACCGACGACUUGACCAUGCGAUCCGCUGCGCCUGAAGAGAAGAGACGCCUCGAGGUUACCAAUGCAGACGAUGAUGGUUUCGAAGAGGUCGAACCAAGCAAGGAAAUGAGUGAGGAUACUUCUCAUGAAUUUGUCAAAGCCGAGGAUGACAUUCCAACGGUUUCAACAACUUCGCUCUCUGGUAAGGAUGAAGACGAUUUUGCUGAUGAGCCGCUCAGCCCCCCUCAACAAGUCACCAAGAUGGAGGAGACGCGGUUCGAAGAGCCAGACCUUAUGGUUGCACCUUUGUCGCCCUCAAAAACCAAGUCUACCGAAGCUGCGUCGGCAGACUCAGCCAAGGCCGAUAAGACUGAGAAGCCCGAAUCCAAGGCCAGCAGUGAAAAGGCAGAGGAGCCAAACCCAAGCGCUACUGUGCAAGGAGUCGCUUCCAAAGAGGAUACUCCUGACUCCUCGGUUGUCUUGACACCUGCUGCCUCUGAGCCUGAAUCUAAGGCUGAGUCAACCGAUCCUUCGGUCAAGGAUGAUGAUGUGCCAGGUUUCUCUCCUCAACCUGAGGAUACACCUGCACCUCUUUUCUCUGCUCCGCCCGCGCCUGAGUCUGGAGCUGAUCGCCCGCCCCAGCCUGUUGAGAAGUCAGCGACUGAUGUCCAAGGUGCGACUGAAGAGGUGCCUACUUCUGAGAUCAAGACGGAGGAGGCCGAGGAGGCCAAGGAGGCCAAGUCCACGGAGGAGCAGCCUACUGUGCAGGCCGAGGAGCCCGUUGUCGGAGACUUCCUCAAGCUCCAAUUUGUUGAGUAUCGUGUUGUUCCAACCAUUCUUAACUUUUUCUUUACAUACCCCUGGAACAACUUUUUGCACAAUGUUGUCUACGAUAUUGUUCAGCAGGUAUUCAACGGCCCUAUGGACCGCAGCCACAACCCCAACCUGGCUGUCUCCCUUUUUGAGGCUGCCGACGUUACUAGCGCCAUCAUCAAUGGCCAAAAGGUCAGCGAUGAGUCCCAGGCCAAGACUAAGACCCGCAUGGGCUACAUGGGCCACCUUACUCUAAUCGCCGAGGAGGUCGUCAAGUUUACUGAACGACACCCUCCGGAGCUCCUUUCAGAGACGGUCCUCGACAGAGUCAUGAGCCAGGAAUGGAUCAGCUACGUCGAGGGAUCACUUGCCGAGACCCGCGAGCGAGACAACGCCAUUCUAGGUGGCGUACGACCAGAGGUGGCUAUGGGCAACCGAGCCAUGGGCGGCAGUGGACUCGGCGGCGUCGGUCUGUCCGGGCUGAGCGGAGGCUCUAGUGGCGGCGGCUCUGGUGGCGGCGGUUCCAAUGCACUGGCCGAGGCUGGCCUAAACGGUGGAAUAGAACUCAACCAGGACAGUGGAAACGGCAUCGGCCCUUUCACUAUCAGUGCCGGAACACUGAUGUCCGGCUUCGGCAGCAGCAGUGACGAAGAGGACGAGGAUGGAGAUGGAGAUGAGGAGGACGUGAAUUCUGAGGUGAGUGGUGUUUCCGCUGAAGAUGGUGACGAGGAUCACGGCAUCCCUGGAUACCCUGGCAUAACGGAAACCCUUGAGGAUGUGAUUAUGCGCUCUCCAGAGCCUUUCCGGGCGGACUCGCCGGAUCUUGAUGACCUGCGAGAUGUUACGAGGGGCUCUCCUAUGGACUUGGACGGAGCCCCAGCCCCAGCACGGGGUCCGUUUCAAGACGAAGAGCAGCAGCAUGCGGAGCAGGUCGAGGACGUUUCUAAGCCAGGAGGCAACCCUUAG